AUGCUACUCUUGAAAUAAGUGCUUCAUCUUAUCCAACACUUAGUUAUACUAUUUCUAUUUAUAAUUAUUUAUUAGAUUUAAUUGAAAAAUUUCUUAAAGAAGAAACUUAUUCUAAUAAAAUUAUUAAUGCUAUUAACAAACCAAAACAAAAAUUACAAAAAUAUUAUCUAACAGCUAAUGGACUU